AUGGAGCAUACCGCAUCAAGUUCAUCGUUGGGUCCGGGUGGGCUGGAUCUGACCAGCGCCUUUUUCAAGCCCAUCCACAACUCCGAUCCUCCUCUCCAUUCCAACCGCUGCACCAAGGUCUCCGUCGUCGGCGUCGGCAACGUCGGUAUGGCCAUCGCUCAGACCAUCCUCACUCAGGAUCUCGCUGACGAAAUCGCCCUCGUCGACUCCAAACCCGAUAAACUCCGAGGCGAGAUGCUCGACCUCCAGCACGCCGCCGCUUUCCUCCCCCGCACCAGGAUCUCCGCUUCCGUCGACUACAGCGUCACCGCCGGAUCCGAUCUCUGCAUCGUCACCGCCGGAGCCAGGCAGAACCCAGGCGAGUCGAGGCUCAAUCUGCUUCAGAGGAACGUGUCUCUCUUCCGCCACAUCAUCCCUCCACUCGCCAAGGCCUCUCCCGAUUCAAUCUUGAUCAUCGUCUCCAAUCCCGUCGAUGUCUUGACCUACGUCGCCUGGAAACUCUCUGGUUUCCCCGUUAAUCGAGUGCUUGGCUCCGGUACCAAUCUCGACUCCUCCCGCUUCCGAUUCUUAAUCGCAGACCAUCUCGACGUCAAUGCUCAGGAUGUGCAGGCAUUCAUUGUUGGGGAGCACGGAGACAGCUCGGUGGCAUUGUGGUCGAGCAUAAGUGUUGGAGGCAUCCCUGUUUUAAGCUUCUUGGAGAAGAACCAGAUUGCUUACGAGAAACAAACACUCGAGCAAAUCCACCAAAGCGUCGUUGGGAGCGCAUAUGAAGUCAUUGGACUAAAGGGUUACACUUCUUGGGCCAUUGGUUACUCCGUGGCUAACUUGGCUCGCUCCAUUAUCCGUGACCAGCGCAAGAUCCAUCCGGUCACGGUCCUUGCUCGUGGCUUCUAUGGUGUGGAAGGAGGUGACGUUUUCCUAAGCCUACCGGCUUUGCUUGGACGCAAUGGAGUGGUCGCUGUGACCAAUGUGCAUAUGACAGAUGAAGAGGCCGAGAAGCUGCAGAAGUCGGCAAAGACGAUAUUGGAGAUGCAGAGCCAAUUGGGACUUUGA